AAUGCAUCUCCAAAAAUCUAUCUAUUUCACACUAUACUGAUAGUGCUUAAGCUCAACUCCCCUUCAAACCAUUUUCAGAAUUGAGAAAGGAAGGAUUCUGAAUAAAGCAUUUCAAAGUGGUUCUUGAGAUGGCUCUUCAGGGUGCUACUUUAGUUCCAUCUUCUCUCUCUGUUCCUAAAGAGGGAAAGUCUUGUUCAUCUGUGAAGCAGUCAGCUCUCUUCGGAGUUUCACUCUCAGACAAUCUCAAAGCUGAUUUCAGUUCUUCUGCAUUAAGGUGCAAGAGGGAACUCAAACAAAGAAGUGGAGCUGUGAGGGCCGAGACGGUGGCCACAAGUGCUCCUGCGAUCAGGCAGUCUCCAGUAGAUGGAAAAAAGACUCUGAGAAAGGGAAGUGUUGUGAUCACCGGUGCCUCCUCCGGAUUGGGUCUAGCCACGGCUAAGGCUCUGGCUGAAUCUGGGAAAUGGGACGUUAUCAUGGCCUGCAGGGACUUUCUCAAGGCUGAGAGAGCUGCCAAAUCGGCAGGCAUUUCCAAAGAAAACUAUAGCAUCAUGCACUUAGACCUUGCCUCGUUGGACAGUGUAAGGCAAUUUGUUGACAAUUUCAGGCGUUCAGGCAGGCCUCUUGAUGUUCUGAUCUGCAAUGCAGCUGUUUACUUGCCAACUGCUAAGGAACCUACGUUCACUGCUGAAGGAUUUGAGCUUAGUGUAGGGACUAACCAUCUUGGUCACUUCUUGCUUUCCCGGUUAUUGCUUGAUGACAUGAAGAAAUCGGAUUACCCUUCAAAGCGUCUCAUCAUUGUUGGAUCUAUAACAGGAAAUACAAAUACCUUGGCUGGUAAUGUACCUCCCAAGGCCAAUCUUGGGGACUUGAGAGGACUUGCAGGGGGCCUGAAUGGCCUGAACAGCUCUGCCAUGGUUGAUGGAGGUGAAUUUGAUGGUGCCAAGGCCUAUAAGGACAGCAAAGUCUGCAACAUGCUGACUAUGCAAGAGUUCCACAGAAGAUACCAUGAGGAAACUGGCAUUACUUUUGCUUCCCUUUACCCGGGUUGUAUUGCCACCACAGGCUUGUUCAGAGAGCACAUCCCAUUGUUCAGGCUUCUCUUCCCUCCAUUCCAGAAGUACAUUACCAAGGGUUUUGUCUCUGAAGAGGAUGCUGGCAAAAGACUUGCUCAGGUAGUAAGUGAUCCAAGCUUGACAAAAUCUGGUGUUUACUGGAGCUGGAACAAGGACUCAGCUUCAUUUGAGAACAAGUUGUCUCAGGAAGCUAGUGAUUCAGAGAAGGCACGCAGGGUGUGGGAGGUUAGCGAGAAACUUGUUGGUCUGGCCUAAUUGAGGGUUUAAGAUUACACUAAUUGUUUCCACGGUAAAGCCUGGUUACUGCCGGUGGAGAACUGGGUCCGUUUGUUGAUGUUGGUUUUCAAUUGAGAAGCUGUUCUGUUGUUAAAUAUUUUUGUCUUGUUGAAGUAGAUGACUCUGAAUUACAGUCAAUAAAAUCACUCAUCCUGU